AUGGAUUUCGAUGACAGCAGGUCAAGUACCAGCUUCGAGGAUAUCGGCGCCAAGCUUCUCACCCAUGGUGCUGACUAUGAUGAGUCCAAAUGGGGCGGGGUGGACAACGAUGUCAACAAGCUGAAGGCUCUAAUUGCUAAAUCGACGUCCAAGAAUGCUCGAGAGCUUGCCGAUGGCGAAGUGCAGGAUGUUUGCUACGUCUUGCAGUACAAGGGGCUUAGUGGAAAGAUCACCGAGGUGCACCGAAGUUCCGAGCCCAUCAAAAUCCAGCUUGAUGAUACCAAGGACGACAGCUUGGGUACCCGGAAGAACAAGCCCGUUCUCGAGAUUGUGACCAAAGUAUCAACCUCGAUCGUCAACAAGUCUGGCAAUGGCUACGGACGACAACCCCCUCCGUCCCCUUCGAAUCUGUACGACCAAUAUUUUCACAACGACAACUACGGUGAAUACGCCUACGGCAAUGCGAGAUCCAGGAAGAAGGAAGAGGACGGUUCCAAUAUGAAGAUUGCCAAUAUCGAACGGACUGCGAUGAUGAUCCACUCUCCCUAUCUCAUCAAUGCAUUGAAGGCCGUCGUCGGCUACUACCCCGCCGCCAGCUUCAUCGGCGACAGCGUCAGGAUCGAUGCCCCCUACCAGGUCCUGGUCCACCACCGUGCUGCUUUAGCUCGUUACAAGUAUGCCUUCGCCACGGCCAAGCACAUCGAUGUGCUACUGGGCUUCAUCGAGAAGACGCUGGGCAAAGAGCUCCGAGCCGAGGAGGAGAGACAUAACAGCAGUACGCCCAAGGCCACCUUCGAUAAGCUCUGGAUGAUUUACAAGCCUGGCGAGGUCGUCUACGUCAACUAUAACAACAAAUGGACACCGUUUGUCAUCUCCCGGUGCCUUGAUGAGAUGCCCAACCCUCGCGACGAGGCAGUCGUCUCGCCCUACACUAUCGACUGCUGGAACGUUGUCUACAAAGGCAGCAAGCUGCGUCGCAUGAUGCAUUCGUUCGUGGUGAAUGCCUUCUCCGGCGAGGAAGCCAUUCUGGGCUUAACUGUGAUUCCAGCGCGCUUCUUCAGGGGUGACGAUAAGGAUGAGGACCCGCUCUACAUCCAAAGAAAGCACAUCGAGCUCGGUAAGAUGGUAUGGGACCUGGCUAAGGGCCCUGUGCACAUGUCAUAUGACGGCAGCCUGGUUGAGACGGAGCCUAGCUCUGAGUGGAAUCCCCCAACCGGUGCUAGGGGAUACAUGUCAGGCCGUGUCAUCGUCGACUGCGAGGGCUUCGCUCGGUACUCUGGGAACUGUCCUGGCAGUUCUCCUGGCCGCCCCAAUGAAGUACCGCCGCCAUUUACUAAUAGAUUUACUCCUCCCAAGUGCCAGCUUCCCUACUUUGCUCCGUGCUGUGGCUGCAGUGUGUGCAGCAGCGCCGCCGGAAAACAUGAACGACCAAGCCCCUUUGCCGAUUUCGAGGAUCUCGAUCCCACGUUGGAUGAUGCACCUAGUUCUGAUCUCUACUACUUGGUUCUCACCAAAGUCGUCUCGGGAUUCAUCCUUGGUAAGAGACGCUGGGGCCACUUCAACGUCGAGGAUCUCGAGGAGGUGAAGUUCGACAAAGAAGCUUUCAAGUACCUCGUGCUUGACGACGAGAUCAAGCUGACAGUCAAGGCCCUCAUUGGAAAGUUCAGCAGUAACAAUGGUCAAGUCACCCCUUGGCCUAAUGACUUUGUCAAGAACAAGGGCCAAGGGCGUAUCUUCCUCCUGCACGGCUCUCCAGGUGUUGGAAAGACAUGCACAGUCGAGUGCGUAGCCGAGCUGGCCCGUAGACCUCUCUUAUCGUUGACGAGCGGCGAUUUGAGCACCAUGUCCUGCACCGUCGAGAAGAGCCUCGAGUACUUCCUCCAACUCGGCGAGCGAUUCGGCGCCAUCGUCCUGCUCGACGAGGCCGACGUUUACCUGGAGACGCGCCGAACCAAGGACAUCGCCCGCAAUGGCCUGGUGUCCAUUUUUCUUCGUGCUCUUGAAUACUACCGUGGCGUGCUAUUCCUCACGACGAAUCGAGUUCAGACCUUUGAUUCGGCCUUCACCAGUCGCAUCCACGUUGCACUACACUAUAAGAGCCUGACCCAUACGGACCGCGAGAAGAUUUGGCUUAACAGCUUCGAGCGACUUGAGCGUGACUCCAAUGGGCGUGUGCACAUCUCCGUCGCUACGCGCGAGUAUGCCUAUGAGAGCCAGGACGUGCAUUCGCUUCGCUGGAACGGGCGCGAGAUCCGAAAUGCGCUGCAGACCGCGGUUGCUUUGGCCGAGACGGAGGCUGAUGAGGAGGGGCAGGAGAAAGUCAUCGUUACCGAUAAGCAUCUGCGUUCGGUUGUCAAGAUGAGUCGGGGGUUAAGAAUUUAUUGCUUCGACGCCGGGACCGUGAUGACGAUACUAUUGGGAGCGAUAGGGAUGCUAUUUAUGAGGAGGACGACAACGACGACGGCACGGAUGUCAUUUAUGACUGAUGAUGGAUGGCUUAUGUGA